AUGCGAAGAAAUGCACGUUCAAUUAGCAAUCAUGAAAAUGAUGACUAUCAUCACACAUCACCAACACUGCUGUUCACAGAGCCCCCAUCAACGUCUACAGGCACGGAAGAUUUUCUGCAAAUGGAAAGACUGUCAACGCGCCAAAAUAAACAACAACACCGUUUUGAGAAUACCAUAGAGGCCAAAGUUGAACCCGGAGACACUUUACAAGCGAUUGCAUUACGAUUUCACUGUUCGGUGGCAGAUAUUAAGAGGCUAAAUAAAAUAGAUAAGGACAAUGAGAUUCAUGCACGCAAAGUUGUCAAAAUACCCGUCACCGUGCACAAUGUCUUAUUGGAUAAUCUGCCCAUAGUUCAUAAAAGUGGUAACAGCAGUCCGAAAAUUAAUCAAAAAUCUAGUAGUGGUAACGACAGUCGAGACAGUGAUAGUGGCCUCAGCAGUAUUGUUCGCAAUCCUUUGGAUGAUGCCGAGGCUAUGUUGAGUGAAAAAUUAAUGGUAGCUUCGGUGAAUUCAUCGAGUCGAGAUGGACCAUCAACGAGUAGGUGUUUUACCGGAAGAGAUGAACAUGUCAACAAUAUUAUUAUGAAUUCGAAACUGAAAGCAACGGCGACGGGUGGUGCAGUCAAUAUUUACACAGAUGAAGAAUUGGCUGCAACCGAUAUGAAUGAUGCCUCGGCCCCGCUGAUAACAGACAUCCUGGAUGAUUCUACAAAUGUGCCUCAUAUACAUCGAAUCAAAGGCCCCUCUUUGCGUGCCAUCGAUUGGUCCGGUUCAGAUUGUGAUAUGUCAUGGAUAUGUUUAUUUGUUGUAAUUUUGGCUUUGUGUUUUGUCAUACCCCUAGUUUAUGUAGUAUAUAUUGCCGAACAUGCUCAUCACAACAUUACGGGAUCAUCGACAACGGUGGCCUCCGCUGCACAUCAUUGACAUUUUAUAAGCAUACAUUUUACAAAACUCUAGUACU